GCGGCUCUUGUUCAACCAACACCAUCACCUCCUCCUCCAUUGAUUCACAGACUUCCAAUUCCCCCACAAGCAGCCCGUCAGCUUCCACAGUGAUCAGAUUAAUAACAACAAUAGCCUGUGAGCGCACAGGGGGAGAUAACCAGCGCUGCUCGUCCUCCGCGGGAUACUUGGAUAGCUACAGCAACAGGAUCCAUCCCCGCACCUCUCUCCUUUCUUCAAGCCCGAUCAACACCUGUGUUUUCCUCUUUGAGAACACCCGGUGUUUUUUUUUUUUGGGUGUUGCUGUAACUACUUGGAUACCUGCGCGCUGUCCUUUAUAAAUGUCGGACUGAAUAUAACUGCUAUGACAGGGAAACUAGCGGACAAGAUCCCUCUUACCAUGAGCAGUUUAAUUAACACGAUCCCUGACAGUCUCUAUCCAGAAGAGGACAUCCCGACGUCUAUGAAUAUUUUCACCAGUACGGAAUCUAUAAACCACUACUCGCAAAUGAACGCAGAUAACAUCAUGGAUCUGGGCAUGGGGAGCGAGAAGGCACCCUCUGACAUUCAGUAUGGAUCCAGCUUCCAGUCCAACCGCAGCGGGCAAACUGUCACCUAUUUGGGGAAGUUUGCCUUUGACACUCCACCCUCAGGUGGCAUCGGUGCCUCUGGCUGGUGCCCCGAUAAUAACAUCAUCAGUCUGGUCAGUGCAGGGAUCCUAGGUGUCUCUCCAUCCCCCGGCACAGUGACCACACAGACGUCAUCCUCCGCAGCCAGCAUGGGCGGGCAGACGUCAGACAUGGAGCAGGUUUAUGGUCCACCGCUGCCCGCCUAUUCCACCUGCGGUGACCUGUAUCAGGAUCAAGUCUCCUUCCACCACAGCCCGGCCACCAGCACGGCUCUAGCCUACCCUGGCAACGACUAUCACUCCACCUCCAAAGCACCCAUGGAUGGCAACCUUUUCUCCAUGAUCCCCGACUACAAUCUUUUCCAUCACCAGGGAGAGGUGGGUGUGAUGGAACACAAGCCCUUCCAGACCAUGGACCCCAUCAGGGUCAACCCUCCGCCCAUCACGCCACUGGAGACCAUCAGAGCAUUCAAAGACAAGCAGCAAAUUCACCCGGGCUUCAUCGGUGGCCAGCAGCACCCGCCUCAACACCACCCCCCACCUCAGACUCUCACCCUCAAACCCAUCCGUCCUCGGAAGUACCCCAACCGUCCCAGCAAAACCCCGGUCCACGAGCGGCCGCACGCCUGUCCGGCGGAGAACUGCGACAGACGCUUCUCGCGCUCGGACGAGCUCACGCGCCACCUCCGCAUACACACGGGUCACAAGCCCUUCCAGUGCCGAAUAUGCAUGCGCUCCUUCAGCCGGAGUGACCAUCUGACCACCCACAUCCGCACGCACACCGGCGAGAAGCCCUUUUCCUGUGAGUUCUGUGGACGCAAGUUUGCCAGAAGCGACGAGCGAAAGAGACACGCAAAGGUCCACCUGAAACAGAAAGACAAGAAGCAGGCCGACAAGAGCAGCGGGGCAGCGGGGAGCCACAGCUCGCCCCCCAGCUCCUGUGGGGGGCCCACAGUGGGAACGUCGUGACCAUUACCACGUGCACUUGGACUAGGCGCUCACCACACACCAUAAAGAGACUUAGGAAGAAGGAAUCCCAUCCUCUGUGAGAUCAAUAGGUGACUCUUUUCUUCUCUUUUACACCCCUGCUCCGUUCAGUUCCUUCUAUUUUGAGAUGGAUGCCUUCAGUUUAAGUAAGAGUGGAAAGGCUGUUGUCCCUUUGUUUCAAGCAAUUCAGAGCCUCUGUUACUCUAAAAAACAGUGUCAACACAAAGAAGGGCACAAAAAGGCCACUGUGUUUAUAGGUUUUGAGGUGGAUCCACUUUUGUAAAUUUUACAGAAAUUUUAUUAAUUGAAAGGAAGCUAGAAUUCCCGAUGGGGGUACCCACAACAUGAAAAUGGAGCUAUGUUAAAGGAUUAGUUGUCUGAGAUGUAUGCAUUAAUUUUAUUAGGCUGUUUAAAAGUGCAAUUGGUUAGAUUUGUGUGCUGUCAUGAAUUCUUUGAUAGUGGCACCUGACUGUCUAUGUUUUUAUUGUUGUUGUUGAGGUGUGGACUUUUUCUUUUCCUUUUUUUUUCCCAUUUGAAUGUCGUUUUCUCAAGAAAAUGUGCCAAAUGUAUUGUGGUGGUGCAGCCAACCUUGUUCUUAUAUUUGUGCCUGACAUUUGCAAACCCAACAGCAGUAUCAGCUCAGCACAGCCCGGUUCUUGAGUUAACGGAAAGAUCUCUCUCCUUGCUUGGAGGAUUGAGUUUAACCUGCAAAAAUCUGGUUACAUCUACAUGACGAUUGACGAGGUCACACAGAGCCAAACGAUGUCCUGUCCUGUCACGUUCAGAAAUAUGCCUGCAGAAACCGAUGCCUUUGCCAAUACUUAUUUAUUUUUAGUCACUGUGAGAUUCUGUGUAUUUUUGUUGCCUUUUUAUAUGGUGGCUUUAAGUUGUUGUCAGCUAUAAUUUAAGAUGUGUUUUUUUUUAUCUUACUGAUGAUGUUAAUUUUUCAUUUUCAUGAGUUGUACAAUUAUAUGCAAUACAGUCAUGACAUAUUCCACCGUCAAGUAAAUCAAAUUAACUAAGAACACAGUUAGACAGACUGGACUACUUAAUUAAAGAACACUGGGGUAAAAAUAACAACAGUACAUAGAAGGAAAGCUGAAUUAAGAUAAAGAUGAAUGAGGUCCUUUCUUUGUAAUUCUUGGUGUAAAAAGAUUAAAGUACUUCUUAUAAGUCACCAAAAGAUGAGCAGUAUAUGGUGAGAGAAUAACAUUGAUAUUCUUUUUUUUUUUAUCACAACCUAUGUUUACAUAUUUCUAAUACAGAGACUGAGCUGUAAACUACUCUAAGGUGUUGUUCUUCUUGUACAGUACACAAAUAUGUAUGCAGGUAGCUACAAUAGAAAUUUCACUUUUGUACUCAAAUGUCAAAUGCACCAUAAUUCAGUAUUAAAUUGUGCAUACAUGUGCAUUCUUUCAUGCACACUAUGUAAAUACAAAUGUCUGCGUAAACAAGAACUUUCAAUUGACUGAAUGCUUGUGCAGGGUAUGUCUCAAAGCUUUUAGUAAUGUAGUUAUAACACAAAAUAUUUUGUUGUCACAGGUCCUUGCAAAUAUUUUUGCAUCUUUGCAGUGGUGCCAGAGAAGGUGUUUUAUCUUUCACUUCAAAACGCAAAAAAAAAAAAUGAAAAAAGAGGAAGACAACAAUAGCAUUGGCUCCAUCUGUACGCUUUAAAGCAAAAAUCAGUUUAAGGAAG